AUGUGGCCCUUAUGGCUUAUCAUUGUGAUUGCGGUGGUGGGCGCUGCAGUUCUCACCUGUACAGGUAUCUUGCUUGCAAUCACUCUGGAGCGACGACGGCAUCGCCAUAUCAUGCACGAUCAUGGGUUAACGCGGAACCUCAGCAAAUAUCACCGCCCAAAGCUCAGUGCCUGCGAACACAACUACUCGCAUAUUACGCAUCCGACUACCCCUUUAAGACGAAGUGUGCAGCUCCCCUUCGGAGUCGUCUCUGUCGGGGUUGAUAGUGCUGGCGAGGAUGAAGAGAGACAGCUAAACACCGCGACUGGACACGCCGAUGAUUAUGUUGAAGUGCUGCGACCGAGAAGUAAAAGGAGCAUACGGCAAUCUUUCUCCGGUCACCCGCUUUAUAUUCCAAAGACGCGCCGGCAAGGGAAGCUUAGGAAGGCUGUCCCCUUGGAUCGGAUACAAAAGUCUCCUCUCUCUGCGAUUACCGAGUUCAGUGAUCCGUCGACGGGCGUAUCACCAAUCGCUCCUGAAUUUCCAGCAGAGUCUGAGACAAUUGCCAUGCAUGAAACGGCCAUGAUGAAACCAGAAAAGCAUACUUCCACGCAAUGGCCCUUGGUAACUGCAAGCACGAGAGCAUCUGAUAUCGUUCUCACCGAAAUCAUGUCGAUAGCAGUCCGAGAAAGUGUCCUAAUGAGGAAGGGAGGUGGGAAACAUAGUCAACCAACAGCUCCGCAGUCUGCAUCGGUCCCUCGAUCCAUCAGUUCAGCUAGCAUGGCUUCUUUGGCACCUGACGAUCCCUUACCGCCCUUGCCGACAAUUCAUUUUCCAAGGAAUAUUAUGGCCAGAGCCUCGAAUGCUAGUCUGGAUACAGUGGGCAGCUCGGUCUUGGGGGCCUUCGCGGGUUCUCCUGCAAAUGAUGCCACAGAACUUAGUGCUUCUAAUCUCGAAUCGAACGAGCAAUCCCCUACCCCUAGAUUGGGACUUGGGCAGGUGUUCUCGACUCCAAAGCUUCAAGCGCUCCCGGUGAAACAAACAAUCCAUGGCCUUUGCACAGGCAAACCGAGCAUUCGCUCUCUUCAUCCAACGGUCGACACGGACGAGAUAAGCCCUGGAAGUACCAGAAAUAUCUCGAAUGCUCCCCCGUUUCCAACCAUCGUUAUUCAGGAGGAAUCGUUCAAGAUUAUCGACGCAAGUAAUUGGGAUUUGCCGACACUGAAAGUCGGGAAAAUAAGGCCUCCAUCGGACCGGCCUAAUCGACAUUCAUUGAUCGAGCAGUCGAGAACCGCACAAUACCGAGCCGCCAGUGACUCUGCGACAAGCCUGCUUGCUGAUGAAGAUGUAUUUUCUGUCCUGGAGGCUCCUCAGAGACCCAAUUCAGUGGCGAUUGGGAACCCGUUACAGUGGGACCGACGAGGCAGCUUUGCAACAAAGCGACAUUCUCUGUCAUCUUUGGAUGGACCGAGACGCGGGCACAGACGGCAGAAUUGCGUCCGCAUAACUAAUCUGCCCUAUCUAGAUCUGAGAGCACACGACAUGAUGAGGCUGCCAGAGCUCAGAGAGGAGCAGCAACAGGUAGCCCGCACACUUGAGGCAGACAAGUCGUUUCAUGGAUUUGAGAUCCGGCAACCACGACCGAUGUUCAAGCCGAGAGAAUCAGAGUCAGAUAUCAAAUCAUCCACUCCAAUACCGUCUCCGUUCAGAAAUGCGCCCAUCUUGACACCCACACCUCGCCCAGUGCGGAAACAGUACAUACAACGCCCCGACAGUGCAGUCUCAGGGACACCGAGACCAGAUUCAGAGGUCUUCAAUUCCGACCACAUACCCGUGCAAGUGUCGGGCCAUCGCAGCACAACGCCCCGCCAAUGGCCACUCUCGCCAUGCUCGAAGCCCAACGUUCUUUUAAGGGAGACACCACCAUCAGCGCAGCCGUCGGAUCGAAUUCCAUUCGAAUCACCCAUUUUACCUUCUCCGGCGCUGAACUCGGCUUCCCUAUAUCCUCGCAAGUCCCUCGUUAAAGGCCCACGCAACCCUCGAAACUCGGGUCAAAGCAGCCAUCCGGCUGCUAAACGCCCCCUGCAAAACAAAAAUGGGCCCAACUACCGGAUCACAAAGGCUAGGGAGUGUAGCGGGUCGGGAGAUUUCGCGCUUCGGAAGUCAGUCAUGAUGUUGCGAAGCAUGAACUCCGAGGGUCGCCUGCUCGACCAGCAGCGCACCAUGCUCUCUAACAUUGGCGCGGUAAAAUCUGACAGUCCAGAAAUCUUCGCAAUGCCGUCUCCGCCGAUGAAUAAACGAGUCAUGGGUCUCCGCAAUACAAGCGGUACAUCGUCCACAGCGAGCACCCCUCGUUCUGUAUCGGUGGAGACACAGCAAGCCAGUCGCGGCUCGAGUCCUUUGGCUCAUUCAACCUCGAAUUCGACCAGGGCCCCUCCGAUAGGGACGACAGACGGACGGACAUCAUUGCAUGGGGCCCUAGACCUGCCAGCGCCAGUCAUGUGCGUAUCACCAUCCGUCAUGUCCGUCGGCGGCGGCUCGAUCUGGGAAGACGUCAGCGUGCGCGGCGAGAGCCCCGAGCCCGAAGUCUAUGUGGCUCCACUGGCCCUGCGGCCCAAGGCAGACCAUAACAACCGGCAACGGUAUUAUCCAUCAGCCUCGACAUUCCAAGCUCGGCGCGGUGUUGGCGACGAUUUCUUCGACGCACAACAACGCAACGACAGGCAGUACCUUGUCCCUCAUCAUGUACCUUAUAUGGUGGGGGGAGUUGAAACGGAAAACUCACAUCUGGUACAGCAACUCGAACGGGUCGUGAGUGGCGGACAAUGGAACCACCACAAGAACAGCAGCAUCAUCGCAAACGACAACAACAACAAUGACCUGUAUGAAAAUAUGGCUUCUUCUUCGGUGCGGUGCGAUGUACCACCACCGGAUCAGCGCGAGAUUGAUGUUUUCCAACUUCCACAUCAUAAUAACAGGAAGGAGAUUGGACUGGGUUUGUGGUUCGCGAAUUCCUCGAUGCGGAGUACAUAA